GAACAGAAACUGAGUUAUUUUUCGUAGGUGUCUUUCUUGUUGGUCCCUCCUCCAGUGGUGUGUACAGUCUUAUAAUCAGGGGAGUGGUCUAAGCAUACGAAAUGGACUGAGCCCCACCACAACUUCCCCCCCUGCUCAACAUUGGCUUUCUUCGUAACUCCGAGUCAGCAACACACUCAAACCACUGACAGCCUUUUUUCAGCCUUGCUCGACUUCAGUGCUGAAGCCGGACUUCUGGUGAAAAGAGAACUUACCGUGUGUUUUGCAUACCUGUGGCCAUGACGAUGGGAGAGAGGUUGUUUGUUUCUGCUGUUCCUCUCUGGAUGAGUUUUGGCAGUGCUGCGGCCCUGGCCGAGCCUCAGAUCUGUUACAUCCUGGAUGGCAUCUUGUUUGUGUACGGCAUCAUCUUAACCGUGCUAUACUGCAGGAUCAAGUAUUCCCAACAGAUGUCUCCGGGGAAUGGGAGAGGUGCUGGAACAGGAAAUGCAGGGAAAAAAAAGAGGAAAGCACAUAUAUGGGUCUGACCCCUCGUGCUCAAGACACCUAUGAGACAAUCGGUCAGAAGAAGGGAUUGAAUGAGUAGACAUUGAAGAGUCUCUCCAAGGAUUUCCCAGGCGUCUUCUUUUUAUUAUUAGAUAAAUUAUCUUCAUUCUUCUUUUUUCUUUUUUUUAUAUGUGAAAGGCCAUGGCUGUAUCCUGAGAGAGAUUUCAGAAGAGCAAAAUUCGGAAGUUUAGCAGUAGCCUAGGUAAAAUCUAUUUUGACUGUGUAGUCUGUCUUCUUUGUAUAAUUUUCCCGAAUUAAGUUGUUUAGAUUUAGCUUGUUGUUUUUGGUAUUUUAACGCUAUGGUGUUCUAUAACUAUAAGACCCUUUAAUAAACUACAUGAAACGAA